AUGACCUGGUCGAAUACAAUCAUGCGCCGGGCCUCUGAGUCCGGCGCACCCACCCGAUCCCGAAUAUUCAUUUAUCUCGCCCUCGCCGUCAUCACCCUCCUCUUAUCAUAUCAGCUGGUUCUGAAUCACGACUCUCUAGGUGCACUAAGCCCCUGGAGAUCAUCCACCGGAUCGCCAUCCGAUACAACCGCAACAGCAAAUACCGAACAUAUAGAUGGAUGGGCCGGGUCAGCACUGAAUGGCACUUUACAAGAUGCAGUAAAGGCAGCGAGUGCGGGUGCAAGCGCAACUGCGACAAAAAGCGCAAUAAUAUCAUCACCACCAUCAUCGAUUUCCGAACCACCAAUUCAGGGCCCCCACCCACUGGCAAAUGAAAAGGAAUUGGUCAUCGCAGCAAUGCGUAAUAGUGAUAUGUCUUGGGUAGACCAUAAUCUCCCCGAUUGGCCUAAGAAUAUCUAUCGCGCAGAUGUACCACCUGGUGAGGCUGAGUUCACAGUUCCGGAGAAUAAAGGCAAUGAAGCGAUGGUAUAUUUAACUUACCUGAUCGAUCGGUACGACUCCCUUCCAGAUGUGAUGGUCUUUGUUCAUGGAGGUCGAUAUCAAUGGCAUAAUGAUAACCCCUUAUACGACUCCGUCAUCUCAAUUAAAGACCUCCAACUUCCAUUCGUGCGUCAAUCCGGAUAUGUGAAUCUUCGAUGCGCCUGGGCAAUCGGUUGUCCGGCCGAACUCGAACCAGCUCGAUAUCUCCGUGAACGACCCGAUGAUGUAGGUCAUCCGACCGCGAUGGAAUUCCCGAACGGAUUCAUGGAAUUAUUCCCCGGAGAAGAAGUACCUGAAGUGGUUGGAGUUCCAUGUUGUAGUCAAUUUGCAUUAUCGAGGGAAGUUGUGCAUGCAAGGGGGAAAGAACAGUAUGAGCGGAUGCGGAAAUGGUUAAUCGAAUCACCACUGGAUGCGGGGACAAGUGGUCGCAUAUUUGAAUAUGCUUGGCAUAUAAUGUUUGGAAAACAGUCACAGUUUUGCCUUGACAUGGCUGAAUGCUAUUGCAAUACUUAUGGUUAUUGUGAUCUGACUCCAGAACAGAUCGCUAAUCAAUGGGUUUGGCGUGGAUUGAUCUUGCCAGAAGGUUGGCCUGGAUUAUCAGAGCCCGAACGAGUGCAGGAACCAGAAUGA